CGCCUAAAAGGUGCUUCGCCUGCUGAUCCUACCAGGGAGGAGGCUCGCAGUCUGCAGGGUGGGGCAGUUAAGGUGUGUCUGCCUAUUGACUCUGUGCGUAGCGACAGACACCGCGGCUCGGGGUAAAGUCUGCUCCUCCUCACAGAGAGCACAAGUGCACGAAUAGACGAGUUUCUUUUGAGCUUUUAACGCAGACACUGAUCCAUCAUCUGUCACUCUCCGGACGACUAACUUUCGGUGGAGUCCAGCUUCCUCCUACGGACCGGGACAGAGUCCGUCAAAAACAUUUUUAAAAAUGGCGAAUGUUUUAAUUUUCAACAUCUGCCUGCUGUUGAUCCUGUCCCCCGUGGAGUCCUGUUUUAUCCCGAACUCUCUAUACGUACGCGUGCCACAAACAAUCCCGGCUGGAUACGAAAUCACAAAAGUGGAAGUUGCCGACUGUGACACUAAUUCAAUGCAGUUAACUUUGAAGGACCCAAGUUUUACAAUAAAGAGGAAUGGAGCAAUAGAAGCGUUAACGCCGGUGUCAGUGGCGACAGGAGGGCGGACAUUUUCUGUGUGGGUUCAAGACAACGGUGGGCCGGAAAGUGAGAUGGAAGUUCAUCUUGUCCACAGUACAAUACAGGAAAGAGAGCACACAGGCCCAGGCUUCCUGAAGCGCUCCAAGAGACGCUGGAGUCCCCCACCCUUCAACAUAUUAGAGAAUGAUAAAGGACCUUUUCCAAAAGACAUUGAAAAGAUUGUAUCAGAUUCAUCAGGCAAGUACGAUGUGUACUACACCUUCAGUGGACCUGGUUUUAAUCAGCAUCCAGAGAGAGUGUUCACUCUUGACCGGUAUACUGGAAUGUUAACUGUGCACAAGUCUGUUGAUCGUGAAGAGUUCCCAUCGUUUACAUUACUAUGUAAAGUUUUCGACCAAAAAACAAAUCAGGAAACAGACUCACCUUUGCCCAUCAACAUAAUUGUAGAUGACGUGAAUGACAACGCUCCCACAUUCAAAGACCAAAUGCAGUAUACUGUGCUCGAGAAAAGCAAUGCAGGGACAAUGGUAGGCACAGUAAAUGCUACAGACAGAGACUUAAAAGGAUCCCUCCACGUCAAGAUCAGGUAUACUCUCUUGACUGGAUUAGAUCUGUUUACCAUCAACCCAAAUACCGGAGUCAUCACCACAGCAACUAACACCCUGGACAGAGAGGUAAAAGACAAGCAUAUGGUGACAGUACAAAUCAAAGAUAUGGACGGUGCAGUAAAUGGUCUGUCCAACACAGGAACAGCAACCAUUACUCUGGGUGAUAUCAACGACAACCCACCAACUUUCACAAAAACAUCUUAUGAUGCCAUGGUCAAAGAAAACGAAAAUGAAAAACUUAUCCUCCGAAUUCCCGUUGAAGAUAAGGAUUUAAUAAAUACACCAAACUGGAUUUCCAAAUUCAUCAUCACUAAAGGAAAUGAAAAUGGAAACUUCAGAAUCGAUACUGACCCCAAAACAAACGAGGGUCUUUUGUAUGUCUCGAAGCCCUUAGAUUAUGAGAAGACCAAAAAUGUAAAGCUUGAGAUUAUGGCACGUAAUGAAGCUGAGCUGAGUGGCACCAGUGCCCAGUGGAAGUCUGUCCCUGUGGAUGUCCAUGUCACUGAUGUCGAUGAGGGUCCGGAAUUCACAGCUCCUACCAUCCGCUUCACUGUCAAAGAGAACACGCCAAACGGCACUGUGAUAGGAAGUUACACAGCUGUAGAUCCUGAAACCAAGAGCAGCAACGGCAUCAUGUAUUACAAGGUCACAGAUCCAGCCUCCUGGAUCAAUGUCGACAGAAACACCGGCGAGCUGAAGGUUGCAAACACUAUUGACAGAGAGUCACCCUUCGUCCAGAAUGGAAUUUACAACAUCACCAUAAAGGCUGUUGAUGCUAGCUCCAAGACAGGCACAGGAACAGUCAUCAUUGUGGUGGAGGAUGUCAACGACAACGUGCCAACGAUCCCCACCAGUGAGCUGGUGUUGUGUGAGAAGGAAGGAGAGCUUGGCUCUGUGCUGGUUGUGGCUGAAGACAACGACCAGUCUCCCUUUUCUUCCCCCUUCAGCUUUAGUUUGCCAUACCAUCAAGAUGGCAUAUGGUCUGUGAAAAGAUUAAAUGACACAACAGCUACAUUGCAGCAGACCAAAGAGCUUCCUACAGGGAUAUACAAUGUUCCCAUGGACGUUACAGAUCUGCAGGGCUUUGGUAAAACGCAGACGGCGAAAGUAAGGAUCUGCCAGUGCAGGAAUGGAGCCUGCUUGCCCAAGCAAAACUCUGUGUCAUUAGGGGCACUGGCUUUACUGACUAUGCUGUUGCCUCUGGCCCUCCUCCUACUGCUCUGCUUACUCCUUGCCUUUUUCUGUGUGACAAAGAGAGAGAAGUUGGAACUUGACGAUGCAGGAGACAGUGGUGGAAUCCUGCUCAAAUCAAACACUGAGGCCCCAGGGGAAGAAGUGGAUUCAAGUCUCAUCACUGUUCCCACUGUUGGGUAUGAACCAGCAGUGAAGGGUUCAGUUAAGGGUUCUAUGGUGAAUGCAGGAUGGCUGGGGAACAACAGCUCCAGCACAAUCGGAGCCCAUGCCACACAUGAUAAUGGGAUUUAUAAGGCCGGUGUUCUCACAAACGAUAUGCAAGAGUACUAUGGCCAGUAUGAUAGCGGGUAUGGUACUCAUCACUUAAAUGGAGGUAAUCUUCUUGGUAGCGGUAUUGGCUUUGACAACAGACACCUUAUCCAGGACUCAGCUUUUCUUCACAACUGGCAAACAAAUGGCCGCUAUCUAUACCAGAAGCUGGCUUAUCUGGGAACAGAGGGUGACGGGCGGUACGCAGAUGACAUCAUCCACUCCUACGGGUUUGAGGGGGCGGGCUCUGCAGCAGGCUCUGUGGGAUGCUGCAGUGACAUUGGCGACAACGAUAACCUUGACUUCCUUAACACACUCGGACCAAAGUUCAAAACUCUCGCAGACACCUGCACAAAAACAUGAACAAUGAAGCUCGAAAAUAAUGGUGUUUACUUUUCACUGUAACGGAUGCAGAGAGGCGUGGGAUCUGAAUGCUUGGUAUGCCACUGAACAUAAAUGAGAAAAAGAACAAGCAGGUGGCAUCAGUGUGUGCACAUGUAUUGCUUUUUUUCCCCUCCUUUGCUGAUUUUUGGUAAGUCUUUUGCACUGAAAACUAUGCAGAUGCAGUCAGUUGUACAUAUUUUGUAUUGUAUAUUACGUGUUGUUUGCUUUUAGAGUCUUUGUUUUUCCAUCCACCCAAUAGCUAUACCCAUUUAUCCUUUUAGAGGAUGGUGGUGGGCUGGUUUUGCAGGUUCAUAAUGGUAGUUGAAUUGAUAUAUAUGCAGUGAAGGGCUGUGGGGUUUCAAUUAAUCAGUUGGAAGCAACUUUGGGUAUUUUGGUUAUUAUAAAUAAUCUUUGUUGACAGUAAAUGAUACAACUUGAGUGGCUGAUUUUAAAUUGUUUGCCAAAAUAAGUUUUAUAUUUUAAAUAUAUUUUUUAAAGAAAAAUAAAACAAAUACUUAAAUGGAAUAAGACAAUAAUAAAAUGGCCUUUUUAAAUAUUUCACAUGAAAAUACUUCAUUCAAAUUACAUGCUUAUAAUUAUUUAUCAGUUUUAAACAAUAUUGUUCCACUGGUUUUCCAAGUCAUACAGUAAUUAUCUGUGCAAACACAGUCCAGCGCAGCUCUUGACCGUCGAUUGAGCGUAGUUUCAGCCCUCAGUGUCAUUAAGGUUGUAGCAACAUUCUGACAGUAAUCCCGUGAAAGUCAGCACAAGGGUGUGAAUGGGAGGAGGGAGGUGUUACUGACAUUACCCGCAACUGUCUGAAUACAAGACUGUCCAGAUAUAAGAAAAGCAGAAGAGAUCAUAAAAAUGUCCUCAAACCUGCUAAUUAAAGGGAAUCUGGCAUUCCCAUAUGUGUAUAUGAAGUUGUCAAAGUUGUAAUUUAGUAUAGUCAUUACAGAACUUUCUCUUGGUGAACUUGUAUAAAACUAAAUCUGCUACAGUAGCACAAAUCUCAGCUUAAUUGAAUGGAAAUAAAAUUUUAUAAAAUAAAAUGGUUAUUUAAAAGGGUAUAAGCACUGUAACUCAAUUAAAUGCACCAAAAGCUUUGCUUACAGCUUGGAUCUCAUGUUACAGUAUGUUUUUUUUAAUAAACAUUAACUUGUAAAAUAAAAAAA